AUGGAGCACAAAGAUGAUGAAGAUGAUGAUGAUGUAUCUUUUGCCAAAUGGAUGAGCAGCUUCUGGGGUCACAGCUGGACAGAGGAGGAUGAGAGAAGACUGCCGGCACGCCACCGAUCACAAGCCGCUGGUUACAGGAAGCGGUCCCUGCCCUGCCCAUUUCCUGAACUUCCCAAAAUUACAUCAUCUGACCACCAUCCUAGAAGGCAUUCUCAAGAGGACCAGGAAUUCUGGUGCCGAACGCACAUGAGGAAUUACAGAAAAUGCUCAGGAGGUGGAUCAUUGAAGGAGCCACUGGAAUCAAAAGGAAGAUCCUAUUCAAAAAUUCAGGGAUUUUUGGAGUCCUAUGAACAGCAACUAUGCUUUAGAACCAAACGCUCUGUCUCUUUGGGACCUGAGAGCAGAAAGGAGAGAGAUGAAAGAGAGUGCCUGAGGACGGAGAUAAGAGCCUGCAAGAAAGUGGAGGAAAGAAGAGGCUCUAAGAAUGAAGAACACGGAGAGGCAUACAUGCCCACCCUGGUUGAAAAAGGGCCCGAAUAG